AUGCUCACCUUUUGUCCACAUUGCUCAAAUAUGCUAGUCGUAGCGCGAUCGGAGAUCAGUGGUAGUAACAGUUUUACCUGUCCCACUUGUCCCUAUGAGUUUCCAAUUGAUGGCAUUCUAGUAUAUGAGAGAAAGGAACUGCCGAGAAAACAAGUCGAUGACGUUCUGGGAGGGGAAGGCGCAUGGGACAAUGUUGAUCAAACUGUCACGCAAUGUCCGGUUGAAAGCUGUGGCUUCGACAAAGCCUACUUUUUCCAGCUCCAAAUCAGAUCAGCCGACGAACCUAUGACGACAUUUUACAAGUGUUGCAAAUGUGGACACCGCUGGAGAGAGAACUAA